UACAUUUUGCCCGUGCGUACAUCGCAGGCGGUUCCUGUGACUGCCGCCGUCCCUAUGAUCACAAGUACUUAUACUCUAGCUGAAGAACCCUGUCAACAGUCAUCUCGUAGUUUGCUCAGCACAUGGCUCCCUGCAGUAAAUGUGGUGUACCCGAAGAUCCUUCCAGCCCAUGGCCUAUCUGCUCGAUACAGUGCGGUUUGGCCAGAUAUUGUACGGCAAACUGUCGCCAAGCACAUUGGCUUGCACACUGGUCGCUCUGCUCGCAGGUGUUUGCGUCGCGAUACUGUGAUGAGGGAUACGCACGGCACCUAGGUGUAUGGUGGCAGGAUGACGUGCCGCUACCGCUGCAACGACCGGUCGCGGACGCAGCCAAAUGGGCAUCCGGGCGCGCUGUGUCGUUCAAUAUCGAUAUUACGGGGCGAAAGACCGAAGAUUUUGUGUCCAUCUCAUCUGCGAUGAUCGGCGUUCCUAUCAUCCUCGUGUGCAGAGGUGCCAGCCUGCAUGACGACGGCUACCAUGUACGCGAGGUGGAUCCACAGAAGGCGAAGUUCUUCGUGCAGGGGCCGCUCAGCGUGAGUUAUCUGCUGAUGAUGAAUCCGGACACAGGAACCGUGAAUCCAGAAUGGCAGACGAUGGUCCAGAAAGAGAAUGCGGGUAACAAGAUCGCAGCCUUCCGCACAGAUGACCAGCCGCUUACGCCGGAGACACUUGAGACAAUGGUCGAGUUUAUCGCUGCGGUCGUCGAGGACGUUUCGAGCGUAUUCGUCGGGAACGGUUGGCGCCCGAUGGCCGAGCAGUUUACGCCGCAAUCGUUCCAAUUCUUUUCGCGGAGAUACUUUCGCGAGCAGAGGGAGAAGGGGAGGGUGGGGUUCGAUGGACCUUUCGUGCCGCUAUAAAUUCUUCGAGAGUCCCGUGGCGCUGGUGAUACCUGACUUGUUGCAUCGGCACCGUAGUACGACAGCAAUUGAUUGUCGUCGGAUUGAUGGGAAAUAUGCUGGUGCUCGUUUUCUAGAUGCAAAGAUGAUCCGUCCUUGCAUGUAUGUACAUUUUUAUACUGUCGCGGAUCAGCAGGCGAGCGGACUGUUGCGAGAGCACCUUGUAUCACUCAGCUUAUCCGGAAAUAGUGUCAC